CAUUUCCGUUUCAUUGCAUUCUACUCAAAACGACAUGUCUUCCAAGCGUAAACGCGCCUCAAACAAAGCCUCGUCUGACGCUGCUGCGUCCACACUAUUAUCAUCAUCUUCGUCUUCCUCGUCUUCAUCACCAUCUAGAGCUGUUGCUUCUAAGCAAGCUCGCACGUCGCACAAUAACUCUGCUAGAAGUUUACACAAACAUCAUGAUGAACCUGUUGAUGACGGCACUCAAGAGGACAACGUUGUUAAAAAGCACUCACAAGCUCUAGAUGGAAACGACAUCACAAUCAAUAGUGCUGAGAGUGACAUCAACAAGAGUGGCGAUGAUCACCUCAGUGGUACCCCAGCACCACCAUCUGCAUACAGUUAUCCGAUCAAUCCUCCACCUGUCGGCCGCCCUGUUCGUAUCUAUUGUGAUGGAAUCUAUGAUUUAUUUCAUUUUGGACAUGCCAAGGCACUGGAGCAAGCCAAGAAAGCUUUCCCAGAUGUUUACUUGCUUGUUGGAGUCUGCGAUGAUGUGGAAACCCAUCGUCGCAAAGGCAAGACCGUAAUGACAGACAAGGAGCGCUAUGAGAGUGUUCGUCAUUGCAAAUGGGUUGAUGAGGUGAUCGAGGCUGCACCUUGGGUUGUGGACCAGGCGUUUUUGGACAAACAUAAGAUUGAUUAUGUAGCGCACGACGAUAUCCCAUACCAGUCUGUGGACAGUCAUGAUGUCUAUGCGUUUGUUAAAAAGAAUGGCCACUUUUUGCCCACACAACGAACUGAAGGCGUGUCGACAUCAGAUUUGAUUACCCGCAUUGUGAAAGAUUAUGAUCAGUACUUGCGACGCAAUCUUGAGCGUGGAGUUACUGCUAAGGAGCUGGGUAUUGGAUUUUUCAAGGAACAAGAGGUUAAGCUGAAAAAAUCAGCCCAAGAUAUCGGAGCGUCUAUUCGUCAGAACUGGCAUGGAACCCGCGAUGAACUUAAAAACGAGAUUGCAGUCUUGCGAAAUGAUUUACGGCAGGUUCUCAGUGUGUGGGAAGACAAAUCCGACAAGUUUGUGCGAGAUACCUUUGGUGCAGAUUCGGUGGUGAACAAGAUUUUCAACCGACGCCGUAAAGGUGGUAGUUCAAGGAUGAUCGCAAGUGGUACUGCGAUAGCUAGUAGUGAUGGAUCCAAUGUGGUGAGCUCGGAUGAGGGCGAAUACUCACGAGUGGCCACGCCAGACUCGAAAGAAGUCUCGGAUUCGGAGGAGUAUAGUAGACUCCAAGGAUCACGGUGGCGCCAUGAUGAUGAUGAUGAUGAUGAUGAUGAUGAUGAUGAUGAUGAUGAUGAUGAUGAUGAUGAUGAUGAUGAUGAUGAUGGUGCUAGCCCUGCUGCCAGUCCUUCAUCUGGUCUUUCUGAUAAUGAGUAGAUGCAAUAGUUUCUCAUUCACAAACGCAUAGAUAGUCUUUUUGUUGCUAUGCAUUAUAAAAAAACAAUAAACCCCCUUCAAAAGAUUG